AUGGAAAAAUUAAAAGAAAUUGAAGUGGAAGCAGUAAAUUGGAAAUCAAUUAGAGAAGAAGGUCUUGAUCUGGAAUAUGCUGUGCCUAUUCCUAAAAAUAUUGCAAAUGAUAUAUUUAAAGAACUGGAAAACAGUUUAGAAUAUUUUACUGGAGACCUGUCUAAAAUAAAGGUUUUCGGCAAAGUUUAUCCUUUGCCACGGCAGCAGGUAGCCUAUGGCGACCCGGGUAUAACGUACACCUAUUCUGGCACCACAGUACCAGCCCUACCCUGGCCCGCACCUGUCCUGGCUUUGCGAGACUUUUUGGUAGCUCUUAGAGGAAUUAAAUACGACUUUGUUUUAGUUAACAAAUAUAGAAACGGUAACGAUCACAUGGGCGAGCACAGAGACAAUGAACCAGAAUUAGAUCCAACAGCACCUAUAGCGUCUCUAUCCUUCGGACAGCAACGGACUUUUGUACUCAAACACAGAGAUGCAAGAAAGACUGGCGUCGAUAAAAGACCAAUACCUCCAGUAAAAAUAGAGUUGGAACAUGGCAGUGUACUACUCAUGAACCCACCAACAAAUGAAAUAUGGUAUCACUCUUUACCGACAAGGAAGAAAGUAAUGGCUCCGAGAAUCAAUUUAACAUUCAGAAAGAUGCGUCUUAAACGUUAA